UUCACCGUUAAAAAGUUCUACCACACAAUUAUUCUCUCUCUCUCUCUCUCUCUCUUGAUCUUGAUCUACUGUGAGUGGUGUGUUUACAGUGGAGGAAGAAUCAGAUUCAGAGCUAAAUCGUACUUGAGAGAAUGGGAUCUGGAGCUGGAAAUUUCAUCAAGGUUCUUUUGAGGAACUUUGAUGUUCUUGCUGGGCCUGUUGUUAGUCUCGUUUAUCCACUACAUGCCUCAGUCAGAGCAAUUGAAACUCAAUCUCACGCUGAUGACAAACAAUGGCUCACUUACUGGGUCCUUUACUCCUUACUUACACUCUUCGAGCUCACAUUCGCCAAACUCAUCGAAUGGGUACCAAUAUGGUCGUACUUGAAGCUGAUCUUGACUUGCUGGCUUGUGAUUCCUUACUUCAGCGGCGCUGCUUAUGUCUACGAACAUUUUGUGAGACCUGUGUUUGUUAACCCACAGAGCAUUAACAUUUGGUAUGUGCCAAAGAAGAUGGAUAUCUUCAGAAAGCCAGAUGAUGUGUUAACAGCUGCUGAGAAGUACAUUGCAGAGAAUGGACCUGAUGCUUUCCAGAAGAUCUUAAGCCGAUCUGAUAAAUCAAGAAGAUAUGAGCAGCGUGAGACCAUGUAUGGUGAAGAGUAUCAGUACCAAGGGCACUACAAAAGCUUUUAGUACUAGACUUGUGAAGCAAGCUUCAUGUUGUUUGUUUUGCUUCUUUGUAAAAGAAGUUUAUAAAUAAACUUUAUUGAAACUUGUUCAGUUA